AUGAUUGUUUUUAUAUCAGUAUGGGUAUUGUGUUUAAUAAAUGUUAUGGCAUAUUGUAUUAGUUUGAAUAAAUAUAAAUUUAUAAAAUCAUAUAAUUUAUAUAAUAAAAGGAAAUGUCAAAAAAAUGUAUUAUAUGGGAUUCCAAGGAUGUAUAAAUGGCUAACUUCUUAUUACCCAACAGUGAGAGAAGAAUUAAUAAAUAAUGAGAAACAAAAAUCAGUUGAUAUAUUUUAUAUUGAUAUGAAUGGUGUUAUACAUCAUUGUACUCAUGCCAAUAAAGAGAAGUUACCUAUAUAUGAUGAACAUGAACUAUUUUCAAAUAUUUUACAAUAUUUAAAAAAUUUAUUUUAUUUGAUAAAACCAAAGAAACUGAUAUAUAUAGGUGUAGAUGGAGUGUCACCAAAGGCAAAAAUGAAUCAACAAAGAAAGAGGAGAUUUCUUAGUAUCUUCAAAAUUAAUGAUAAUGAUAAUACGUCUAAUUUGUUUAACCCUAAUUGUAUAACAACUGGAACAGAUUUUAUGUAUAAAAUUAAUUUGUCAUUAAAUAAAUGGUUCAAAAUCUUGAAGAAAAAAAAAAUUUUCGAAUUUGAUGUUAUUUUUUCUGGUUCGGACGUAGCUGGCGAGGGAGAACACAAAAUUUUGAAAUACAUAAGAGAGAACUGUAAGAGAGAUAGUAACUUUAAAAAUUAUAAUCAUUGUAUAUACGGACUGGAUGCAGAUCUCAUUAUGCUGUCGCUUGUUACCCAUCUGAACAAUAUUUUUAUUUUGAGAGAUAAAUUUAAAAUAAGUAAUGAUUUACAAAAUAAUAUGUUAGAAAAUAUCGAAAGAACACAAGACACUUUUAUUAAUGAGGAAUAUAAUUCUUCUAAUGAAGAUCAAAAUGAUAACAUAAAUUAUAAGGAGGAAGGAGAAAACACGCAACUGCAUGAAAAAAGUAAAACAAACGAAUCUCUUGUAAAAGAAGAAAAUAAUAUUGAGAAUGAAAAUAAUGAUGAGAUAAAUAAUUCGGAAGAUAUGAACAAUAUUUUAGGUGGAUAUAAAAUUCCUUUUUUUCCAAAGGUUCAUAAAUAUACAAAAGAAUAUUAUAUAAAUUAUGAAAGCUUAAAUAGUAACGACUUUGAAAUAUUAGACAUAUAUAAAUUGAGGAAUUCUAUUAAGACACAAAUAGCUACAUAUAUAAAUAAAUUAAAAAAAGAAAAAAAUAUCGUCUUCAGUAUAAGCAGAGUGGUUGAUGAUAUUGUAUUUUUAUCUUUUCUGGUUGGUAAUGAUUUUCUUCCCCACAUACCAAACAUUGAUAUUAAUGAAGGAUCUAUGAACGAAAUUUUGAAUUCAUAUAUCUUUUAUAUCUAUAAAUAUUCGAAUUAUAUAACAUAUAAGGAUAAAGUACAUAUAGAACGACUAAAAAUUAUUUUAAAAAUUUUAAGUGCUCAAGAAUUUGAAUAUUUUAAGAAAAGGGGAAUUAAUGAAAAUAUUAGUGAAUUUACGGAUGAACAGAAAUAUAAAAAAUAUUAUUAUCUCCAUAAAUUUGGUCUCGAAGAUCCAAAGGAAAUACAAAAAAUUGUAAAAAAAUAUAUAGAAGGAUUAUUUUGGAAUUUACAUUACUAUCAUUUUGGAUGUGCCAGUUGGUAUUGGGAAUAUCCAUAUCACUAUGCUCCUCUAUGUAGCGAUUUGUUAAGUUUUGAGAAAUCGGAUUUCUUUUUUGAAAAGGGUAAGCCCUAUUCAGCAUUUACACAUUUGAUAAGUGUGCUACCUCAGAAGGAUAAGAAUUUGCUUCCGGAUGCAUACAAAAAUAUUUAUGUGGAAGAUGAAGUAAAGUCAUUUUUCCCUGAAAACGUAAAAAUUGAUCCAAAUGGAAAAAAAGAAACAUGGGAAUAUAUUGUUCACUUGCCUUUCAUAAACUGCAAUAUGAUUAAUAAAAUAAUAACAGAAAAAAGUAAAACGAUCUCCAAGUUGAAAUACAAAUUAAGGGAAUUGAAUGGAAGAGAACAUAGAUAUUAA